UUGCCAUCAUCCGCUUUCCUUUCUCAUCAGCCAGACAAGAUGCCAUCAUUGGCAGAUUUGGAACAAUGGAUCGAAGAACAAAUACCGCAAGAUUUACAUGAUUUACCCGGAAAAGUUCAAUCACACAUUCAAGCCUAUUCAACGCAUUUAUACCAUCAAAUUGUGGAUCUAACGCCUUCUUUGGCGGAAAUUGAAUCGUCCUUGCCAUCCAAUCCUUUCUCUGCUCCAGCUCAAGCACCUCCUCCUCCACCCUCUUUGAUUGAUAAACAAGUCACUUUUAUUGACUCAAUCGCGCGUAAUAUCGACGCUUAUACUGGCAAUCGGAGAAGGACAUCCGUCAUAACUGGCAUUGCAUUUGCUGGUAUAACAUACUCUGUCUAUAAGCGGUCACAAUCCAUAAUCGAGAGAAGGAGGAUCGCAUUUGAAAACGAUCCAAACAUUCCACCCAGAACGCGAAAUGGGAAUCGAUGUGACGCGGUGGUCAUACUUGGAGUAGAAAGUCAAUUCGGUCAAUCCCUCGCGCAUACGUUUGCUUCAAGAGGUUUCAUCGUUCUUGCAAGUGUGCCAAGUGAACAUGAAAAGCAAUCUUUUGAUUCGCUGGUUCCACCUUCGAUGAGAGGAUACAUCAAAACGAUUGUUUUGCCAGAUAUCGAAACGCAAUCCGGGCAUAUUACCAAUUUCGCCCGAACAGUUUCCACUGCACAACAAUUGCGAUGGCCAUUAACAGCAGCCGGCGAUCCUUAUGCUAAGCCAGGGACAGAGAUUAAUAUCACGGCUGUCAUAAAUGCCUCGAGCUAUAAUUCUUUAACAACGUCAGAAAGUCAAUCACAAUUCGAAGUACACACUUUCUCCAACGAAGUUCAAAAGCGUGUCGUUACACCUCUGGCAGUCAUGAAGGCACUGUUGAGUACAAUCAAUCAGAGGUCCUCUUCUGCCACCAAGGUGACGCUUCUGUCUCUAAUACGAUCAAGAGGCGAGAGCGAUAUUAUUACACAAUCGGUGAAAGCAGGAAUGAGAGCUUUGGAAGCAGAUCACGAAAAGGUUCCUGCUUCUUACCUUGUUCUAGAAGCUCGCGAACCGUCUAUCCGCAACCUUUUCCUUUCCUUGUGGCCCACGUUCCUCGGAGGGAACGCGAUUGCAAUUCGAGAAGAAGAUAGUCGAACAAAGCAACAUUCUUCACGCAUCGCUCGUCGAAGCCGGAAAAAUUCAAGCGAUUCUACGGGUCUCUGGAUGAUGGGCGACGCAGCCAUUUCCUUACUUCGUCAAACAUACUCAAACAAGAGCUCGAGUGGGUAUUCAGCCUACUUUGUUCGCUUGGGCGCUGUGACAGAUGCACAGCCCUCACGCAACAUAACGUCAGAUUGGGGAUCAGCACUGGAGUCCACAACGAUCUUGCGGAUUCUACAAAAUGUAUGGACACCAAUUACCUCUUUCAUUAGCGCCCUAAGUCGAAUUUCUCGCCGUGGUGUUUGCUAUUCAGGCACUUCAAAUCCGUCCAAUAGCCGACCUGCAUUUGGACCUGGACCCGGGCCUGCUUCUAAUACACAUUCACGUUCUUGCAUCCGUCCAAGCAAUGAAAAUAGCAAUUCUUCCAAAGCAAAACGGACGAGACCGGUUUCGACCAUGUCAAAUGGAUCUUCUGACCAUGCAAGAACUAGUGAAUCAGAAACAGGAAGUGGUAGCAGCGGUACGGGUGUUCAAAGAGACAGUCCUGCAACUGGUUCUGCACCUGUUUCAGCUCCACCCUCAACACACGAUAUGAGUAGUUCAGGCUUGCUGAGUAGUGUUCCUAGUAGCGCUUUUGGUGAUAAUUCGGAAGAAGAACGAUAUGCUGAUUCAGAUUAUCAAGAAGGAACCGAGAGCCCGAUCGUGGGUGCCAAUCAUGCGGGCUUUGAUGCAAGUCAUUUACGUGCGCCCAGCAGUGAUAGCUGGCAAAAUGCUUCGCAAUCUUCUGUUCUUGAACAAUCUGCUUCUUCUGAUGCUGACGAUUCUGGGACGGCUUUAGGUACAAGGAACACUUCAACGGAUGAAAGUCAAACGUUGGAUCAACAUGUUUCUUCCUCUUCCGCAAGAACGCCAAGUGCUAGCGAGCAUAUUGACAUGCGAAUACCUAGUGCUAGUGAAUAUCAAGGAUCAAACCAGUCCCCAAUGCAACAUGGGGAGAGUGGCAACUAUGUGCCGGGCACCAAUAGCCCCUUAGGUCAAUCAUGGGUCGCUUUGGGUCAAUCGUCUACCGAAGAUCAAGGCCACUAAGUGAGAGAGUUUGUUUUCUCACAAUCAACUGUAUAUUUUUUGCUCAUUUGUUCUCAAAUAUUGUACGUACGUAUCUAUGCCUCGGAAGAAAUUACAUGAUAUAAGAUUAAACUAUUGUGGUGGUAAUUGAAAAUCUUGCAAUUCUUCUGCUUCCCAA